UUUUUAAAAAAGAUUUUUCUAAAAAAAAUAUGGGUAAUGAAUCAACUGAAACUUCAAAAGGUGCUGAAACCUCAACACAAAAUAAUAAUUUAAAACAACCACAAAAUGAAGAAAAUAAAAAUAAUAAUAAAAUAAUUAAUAAUAACACUAUAUUUGUUCCUCAACAAGAUGUUGAUUUUAAACAAAUUUUGGUUCCAUCAUUAAAAUCGACACAUGAACAAAUGGUAAUUGAAUGGGGAUUUUUUAAAAAUUUUUGUGGGGGGAAGGGGAAUUAA